CCCACUCGUGCCUGCCUGCCACAGGAGGACACUUGAAAACCACCAGCAAGUCGUCUAAAUGUCUCUUUUUUUACUACUUUUGCUGCCUUUUCACCGGCUUUUCCAAGAACAUGUAACCCCCCCGCACCACUGAACGUGGCGUCGACGUCGUGCUUACACGCCUCCAGGGAUCUAAAGGCUAGCCUUGUGAGAAGAUGGACGUGUGAGGAACUCAAAGCACGAGUCCCGCCGUCCGUCACUCGCACAGCUCAGUCGCAGGAGCGGAGAGGAGGACAGCCCAGCCUGGGGGAAGUGGUGCCAUGAUUGCGGAGGCAGAGUGGAAAGGACCCACGGCCGCUGAGGCCAACAAAACCGAGUCCGCGGCGGCGGGGGGGCACGUGACUUGUAAUGCUCAUCAGGUACCAAGCGGGGCCUCCGCCCAGCCCUCUGGCUCCACCACCACUGAGGAUGAGGAUGAAAGUGAAGACGAGUCCGAAAUCCUCGAGGAGAGUCCCUGCGGCCGCUGGCAGAAGCGCAGAGAGGAGGUGAAUCAGCGAAAUGUUCCCGGGAUAGACACGGCAUACUUGGCCAUGGAUACCGAGGAAGGGGUGGAGGUGGUGUGGAAUGAAGUCAUGUUCUCAGAAAGGAAGAACUUCAAGCUGCUGGAGGAGAAGGUCGAGGCUGUUUUUGAUAACCUGAUCCAUUUAGAUCAUGCCAAUAUUGUCAAGUUCCACAAGUACUGGAUCGACACCAAGGAGAACCGGGCCCGGGUGAUUUUCAUUACUGAGUACAUGUCAUCGGGAAGUUUAAAGCAGUUUCUGAAGAAGACCAAAAAGAAUCACAAGGCCAUGAAUGAAAAGGCUUGGAAGAGAUGGUGCACACACAUCCUGUCAGCUCUCAGUUAUCUCCACUCCUGUGAUCCCCCCAUCAUCCACGGCAACCUGACUUGUGACACCAUCUUCAUCCAGCACAAUGGCCUAAUCAAGAUCGGAUCAGUUGCUCCAGACAUCAUCAACAACCAUGUGAAGACAUGCCAUGAAGAACAGAAGAACUUGCAUUUCUUUGCCCCGGAAUAUGGAACUGUCACUGACAUGAGCACAGCUGUAGACAUCUACUCAUUCGGCAUGUGUGCCCUCGAGAUGGCACUUUUGGAGAUCCAGGGAAAUGGCGAGUCUUCAUUUGUGUCUGAGGAUGCCGUCAAUACUGCCAUAGAGCUGCUGGAGGACCCACUACAGAGGGAGCUAAUUCAGAAGUGCCUGGAUUGUGACCCAUGUACAAGACCCACCGCCCGAGAGCUGCUCUUUAACAAGGCUCUGUUUGAAGUGCCACUACUGAAGCUGCUGGCUGCUCACUGUAUUGUCAGUCAUCAAUACAUGAUCCCAGAGAACGCCCUGGAGGAGAUAACCAAAAACAUGGACCCGAAUCUCAUUAUCGCUGACAAGAAAGAUGUUGUUCAGCUCAAGGUCUCACAAUUUCCUGCCUUGGAGCUUGAUAAGUUCCUGGAGGAUGUGCGAAACGGGAUUUAUCCCCUAACGGCGUUCGGCCUUCCCUCUCCGAAGCAGCCCCAAGAGCAGAAUGGUAAAUCUCCCAUUGUGAUUCCUUUGGUGAAGUCCCCCACACCUGAGCCUGCAGAGCUGGAGACACGGCGGGUGUGUAUGACGCAGUGCAUAUUUCUGGAUAUGAGUGUGGAAGUAGGCAUGAGAAGCAAAUGUAUUCACCUUUCUGUCUGUCUCCUUCAGGUCAUUCAUAUGCAGUGCAGUGGUGAACUCAUUGAGGAGGGACCCAAAUAUCAUCUGACAUUGCUGCUGAAGCUGGAGGACAAGCUGAACAGACAUCUAAGCUGUGACAUGUUACCUCAUGAAAAUGUUCAAGAUUUGGCUGGCGAGUUGGUGCAACUGGGCUUCAUCUGUGAGAUGGACCGAACCAAAAUAGCUUCACUCCUUCAAGAAAGCUUCACUCAAGCUCUUAACCAGCACCAUGUGCUCCAGAGCAAGUCUGUUACAUUUUCCCCUUAAAAGCACUCAACAUGCUGGAUUUUCUUUCUUUUUGUAAAUAAUGAGUUUGAGAUUGAAAUGUGACCAAAACAGUGUACGUUUCUGUUACAUCAGGGAAGAACUUCACAAGUGCAUUUAGAAUGGACAGCAGGUGGAAGUCAUGUGAGGUGUUCACAUGUAAUGUGUGGUUCAGAAUGCAAUAUCUACCCAAAGACCAAAUGAUACCAAAUAAGCUAGGCUGGGCCUUUCUGCGUCGUCAAUUCACGUAAUUCCACCCAUUGAUUGAUUGAUUGUCAUUGGUCUUUUUACACGACAGCACAUUCCCAGCUGUUUGGCCAUCCUGUCAGGUUCAAUGUAAAGUAUUAGUCUCCCAACUGUAGUGCGGAAAGCAACAAACGUUAAUGUCUGAAUUCCUUGUUUAGCAAGCCUUUGGAACAAGAGCACGGUUGUGUUUUGACGUGCAUGUUGACAAUCUUGCCGAGUUUCUGUUGACUGUAACUGUGAGAGGCUGUGAAGUCAGUGUUACUGGAUUUCUCUUGUUCUUUUUUAUUUGUCGCUCCACUUUAAAAACCUCUCAUCUCACUUUGCUUCUUUUGUCUUAUUCGAUGUUUUACCAUUUUUACCGACAGUAUUUUAUUAUUGUCUGUGCCUUUUACACGGAAAUCACACAUUUUAUUUAUGUUAGUUAUUGUGUUUAAUGUGUAAUGUGUGUUCCUCUCACUUAGUAUCCUUUCACACCAGCAUGGUAAGUAUCUGAGCCACUUCGCAACUUUGCGUUGUUGGCUUUUGGCCUUAAUUUCAUGGCAGAUGCACUUGAGUUGAAUGACAAUAUUAUACUGUACAGGUCUUGCCUUUGAAAUGUUCUUGCCUUUGUGCCUUGGGAGCUUCUGUGUCUGCAAAUUCACAUGACAAGCAUCAAAAACACGGCAAACAGUACAGUCAUAACAAGCCAUCCUAAUAACAAAUUCUAUUUUGUUGUCAUUUCAAAACUAUUUUUCCAAUAGGAAUCAAUUAUAAAGUAAUCUGUCUCAGAGUCACUUGUACAGCUCAGUUGAAACAACUGUAAUAUGUAUAGUCUCCCUUAACUUUGUGACAGAAUAUACAGUAUAUCGUUCUUUUUAUUACCAGUCUCAAUUUAUUGAGUUAGCCGUAAUGCCUGGACAGAGAUGUAUGUGGGGGGGAAGAAGAAGAGGACAUGGCUAAUUUGCACAAGAGACUGCGCUGCCACAGGCCGAUGGCUCAGGCGGCGUGGGUCCGGUUUUGUCAUUGUUACCUUUAAAAAACAAAUUCGUUUCCUGUGUACAUUCCAAUCUUAUUUUGUUCUCGGCAAUAUUGUACUGAGCAACCAGGACGCAGAUACAUGUAGCACUUUACAACAUCGCACAUCUGGUUCCGAUCAUCACCACUUGUACCCUUCUGUGGUGACAUCGCCCAAAAUUAUAAUCCACAAUGCCAAAAAAUAUACUGCACUUUUUAGAGUUUAGUUCUUAGGAUUCUUACUGAGCUGAAGUCUCACAAUGAAUCCACCUCCCAGGUUUUAGUUCAAGGCAUUCCCCAGAAAAUGUUCGUCGAAUUCCAAACAGUCUGACCAGAACAUUUGAUUUUAGUGGUUCCAUUGUAGGUGCAAGAGCUCAUAUUGAUGAACCCGUCCAGUCCAACAACACAUAAUUAGCCAGUAGACUUAGAGUAAGGUUACGUAUAACAAAAUGAAUCUGUGUAUUGAUGGUGUUGAACUGGUUAUUUUUUUCCUCCAAAGGUUGUAUUUGGAUUUUGUUUAUGACAAAAAUGUCAUCAUGUUUUUGAUAAGUGCAUCUUGACAGACUGUGCAAAGUACGACUGCUCUUAAAUAAAUGGGUGAAAUCUA